AUGAACUACAUUGUUCGUUCUACCCCUCAAGGUGCUGCCAGCACUGGAGAGCAGCAGAGUUCUUCUGGUCCGGUCAUCGUCUUAGAGAGAAGAUCAUGUGAUGUUGCGGUACCUAGUGUUGAAGUCCACCGCCAAAGUCUGCCACCCACGAUCGAUCGCAUUGUGACCCCAGGCUCGAAGAAGCCGGAACACACCAACAUCGAGGUCGCCGUCAAGAGAGAGCCUGUUACCGAAGGUGAUUCCUCCACCCAGUCGCCCAGGAACAUUUAUUUCUUCAAGAGAAUGGUGGACGGCCGCCCCCACUUCGAUGCUCUGCAAGAAAUUGAUUCAGGCCGAACGCAGCUGAGUGACGAACAAGCGAAUACCGAGUACGCGCUUUGGGAAACUGAACAAGGCGAUUUCAUCUACAGGCAGUCCGGGACCGACUUUCGAGUGCUGAAGUGUAUCGGAAACGCUGAGUAUCGGGGCGAGGAAGGAGACGCCCAAGUGAAGCACAAGUUCGCCACCAAAACCUUGGGCUUCAUCGCUAUUAGGGGUUCAGAUUCCUCAUUGGAUGUUCUCAAGCUCGCUGUGAGCGGUACAUCAUUCAUUCCUCUCCGAGAGUCGAAAGAUAACUUUCUCUACCAUGCGCGAUGGCACCGACGAGUGAAGAGAAUGGCUCGACACCUCGGUCUCAACCUUCGAACCUUCUACGAUGGCGCCGGCAAGCCGAUGACGGCAGAUAAUUGCGGCAAUUGGAGAGCAGGUCAUAUCGAAAAGAAACUCGCCACAUACAUGGUCUAUGCGAUGGUGUUUGCCCACGAUAUCAAGCCAGCAGACAGCCACGACAUCUCCCUCAAGGACUUGAAUCGACUUCGCAAACGCCUCCGAUACCAAGGCCUCGCGCCUCAUUACGAAAUCCAUAUCAGCAGAGCGCCGUGCGGUACGCCUCAGCGCCCCGGCCAGUGCAUCCCGUUCGAGAACAACCUGAUCCUUGAUGGCUCGGUACCUCACAGGCCCAGAACACGACCGGUGAAUAAGGAACUUUCCGCUCUUCACUCUCAAGAGUAUCUUGCUGUCUCCAGUCUCAGCAGCGACUACGACAGCGAGGAGGAGGAUCUACUAGUUCACCUUGCCGAAGCCGAGGGCCGCAAAGACGACAUUGUGUAUGACGGAUUCGAGAUAGCAGAAGACGAGCCUCGCACCUACGGUGCUUGCGCUGCCGAUGACGAUGAGGCCGAAACAACUGACACGGAUUCCUCCCCCCUGCCUCAGCAGCACAUACCCCCUGAAGUUGCGACCAAAUUUGGCGAGAACCUGCGGGCGAAAUUUACUCGAAAGGAGAAGCACACCACAGAAUCGACCCCCGAGACUACCGAAAGCACUGAGAGUGUCGAAGAAAUUGAGCGAGAACUGUCUUACGUUGAUCUCGACCGGCCCCCUUCGCAAAGCCAAUACUGGGAGGCCCCUGCUACCGCGUCCACCGAUGUAGCACGGCCGGUGCGCAGAGGUGCAUCAAAGGCCGACUCCAAAAUGAGACGGUCUCUCAAAGUGAAGAAGAGGAGGGCAAAGGCGCUCGGAAAGAAACAUUCAGGGGGCUCUGUUUUUGCGGCUCGCCUGGGGGCGAUACUCGGCUCAAGUCAGCGGAUUGGUUGA